AUGGCAACACAGGACAUUCUACUUCUGCUCUCGUUGGGCAUCAUAGUGCUUUGGACGACACGGCUGGCAAGAUCGAAGGGCCUUAACCCGUGGUUUUGGGGAGUUGGGGCCGUCCUGCUAAUCGCGCUGGCCUGGAAUUUCAGCCGCCAGUUCCUCGGUCCCGUGGUAAUGGCUCCCCUGAUUUUCCUCCUCCUGUUCCGGAGUCCUCUGUUCCGCAAGAACAGGGGGGCAGACUCCAUGCCCUGUCCCAGUUGCGGUGCGCCCGACACCGGCGGGCUGAACUUCUGCGUUCAAUGUGGCUGGGACCUUUCCCGUGCUGCCGCUGAUGGAACGGAAAGUGCAGCGGAAGCCGCCGUUACUUUGGAGCAAGCGUCCGAAGCCCAGCCGGCGGAGCAGGUUAUGGAACCGGAGGUGGCGCCUGUUUCUCAAGUAAAUGUGGCAACAGCGCCUGUCGAAGAAGUGCUCGAGGCUGCGGGAAGCGAGGGAAUGCCGGGUCAACAACCAGUUUCGGAGCCAGUGCUUGCGCAAGAGGCGGUCAGCGAUCCUCUGGACCAGGCAGUGGUUAUUCCGCCUAUGCCUGUUGAGCCUCCUCCAGCCCGGCCACUUCCUACGCCGGCCAACCUGACUGAAAGGGGCCUCACCCUGUUCAAUCAGGGAAGGUUCCAGGAAGCCAUAGACCAGUUUACCAAGGCAAUAGCACUGGACCCCAAAUAUAGGGAAGCCUGGGAACAUCGGGCGGAAGCUUACGGAAGGCUGGGUCGUGACGAGCGGCAGAAGGCCGAUCAACGGCGGCUGGAAGCCUUCUAG